CAUAAAUCGUGGAGGAUGAGUGGCGGCAGCGAGGGCGUGGUGACGGGGAACCAGGGAACCGGUAACGAUCGGCUGUGCGAGGACGUCGAUAUGGCGACCUCGACGUCCGCCUCGUCGAAUUUGAAGCCGCGAAGCGGCAAGAUCAGUUUCAGCGUGGACUCCCUGCUGAGCGACAUGAAGAAGACAGGCGGCGCGUUCGCCAGACGGGAGAGCGAGGACCGGAUGGAGACCGAGAAGAGCCUCGAAGUGGAGGCGAGGUAUCGCGAGCUACUGUUGGAGCAGCAGAGACUCCAAAGUAGAGAGUUGCUUGCCAGGCUAAGCCCGCACGGCCUCGCGUUCGCCAACAACCAUAAUCACCAUCACCACCACCACCACCACCACCAUCACCAGCACAACAAUUCGUCGAGCAGGCCGGAUCAGGAUCAUCCGUCGGCCGGCCGCCAAGAGAUCCUCACCGUGAAGGAUUUCUCGAGGAGCGGCAGCCACGACAAGUCCUCGUCCCCCAUCAGGAUAGAGCAGGAGGCGCAGAGGGAGCGGGACGAUCGGCGAUUGUCGCCCGCUCCCAGGAUCGUCGAGUCGAUGAUCCAGAGGGAGCGCGGAGGUAGCCAGGAGGAGGACGAGAGGAUGGAGAGGAUCGCCGAUCCGCGAUCCGUCUCCCCGGCGAGCAGACGGGCAGAGUUGAUGGACGACAGAAGCGACUCCGAGGCGAACCGUUCGCUGGAAGGGGACAGGGCCGAUCACCUGGAUCUCGAGGAUCAGAGCGAGAUCAGGAGCGUGGCCCACUCGGAGGAUUUGAACGUGAUGGACUCGGACUGCGAGCUGGAGAGAGAGGUGGACAACGGGCAGGAGAAGGAGGAGAAGUCGAGCCCUGUUGUGCCCCAGCCGAUUCAUCCCGGGGUUCAGAGGCCGUCUCAGGGGCCGCCUUACCUCGCCGGUGCCCCCGGCGCCCCCGGCUGGAAUCCCGCGGGAUUCCCGCAUUCCCUCGCGGGAUUCGCGUGGCUACCCCCACCCCCACACCCGCACAACCCGCAUGGACAUCUGUACACGCCUCACGGAGGGCCAACCAGUCCGAACGGCGAUCUGAGGCUGCCGGGGCCGGGACCAGGCCCUGUCAGGUGCACCCUGAGGAAGCACAAGCCGAAUCGGAAGCCGAGGACACCGUUCACCACGCAGCAGCUGCUCUCCCUGGAGAAAAAGUUUCGCGAAAAGCAGUACCUAACCAUCGCCGAACGAGCGGAAUUCUCGUCGUCCCUUCACCUCACGGAAACGCAGGUGAAAAUUUGGUUCCAGAACAGGCGAGCGAAGGCGAAGCGUCUCCAGGAGGCGGAAAUCGAGAAGCUGAGGCUGUCCGCGAGGCCGUUGCUGCACCCGAGUUUCGGCUCUGGCCUAAUGUUCUCCGGAGUGGGGCCUCCUGGAACACCAGGAGUGCCUCCCUUCAUCGCGGCGGCCAUGGCUAGGCACACCCAUGUCGCCGCCGCGGCGGCCAUGUUCAUGGGGCCCCCUGGACACAGGCCUUAAUAAGGCAGAGGCGAGUCGCUCUUACCCUGGCCAGUC